GGGUAUUUUUUUUCAUUUCGCAUUCUCCUCCUCAUUCUCGUUCGUUCAUUCCUUAGCGUUUUUUGUUGAAUCCAAUCCAAUCGAAGAAGAAGAAGAUGGGAAAAAAUAUUGUGCCGGUGAAAUCUGUUGUGUAUGCUCUUUCUCCUUUCCAGCAGAAAAUCAUGAGCGGUUUGUGGAAGGAUUUGCCAACCAAAAUUCAUCACAAGGUCUCCGAAAAUUGGAUCAGCGCUAUUCUCUUGGUUACUCCCGUCGUCGGCACUUACUCGUAUGCUAUGCACUACGUGGAACAGGAGAAGCUGCACCACAGGUACUGAGCUCAUGCGAGGAUACAUUGGAUAAUCUUCAAGUUUCAUGUUCUUAAUUUUGUUCAGCUAGUCAAUAAUGUGACAUUUGUGAAAUUAGCUAUGGCCCUGUAGUUGUGAUAUUUUGAGCUUUAGCUGUUUCCACUAUGAAGAAUUUUAUUGAUAGCUUUCUUUGUUUUACAUAUCUACAUGUAACAAAAGAUAAUCUAUGUCUGUCAAUAAUCUUAUGAUGAGUGCCAAAAUAAGUUUAUAUGUCAA